CCUGGGGAUGGUGGCUGACCUGGCCCAAUUCCGCUCGCACCUGUCUGUGACUUCGCGCCCUGUUCUGGGACAUUGUACCUGCGUAGCCGUUUACAGCUGGGGAAACUGAAGCAGAGAAUUUGAGAGUUGCCAUAUAUCAUGUAGUGAAUCAGUGGCAGAGGUGACAACAGAACUCAAGCUUUCCUGGAUCAUCCUACAUGUGUAAACAAAAGUUGAUCUUCUUUAACUGAAGGAGAUCGUGAUGGCUUCAAGGAUGUUUAGCGUAUAUUUGCUAUUCUGCCUAGUGUCUGCAUUCUUGAUCUCCUCUGUAGCUGAGGAGCAUGCAGAGGAGAGUCAUCAAGCAAAUAUUCGCCUUGAUAAGAACCUAGUACAAGACAAAGACCACAUCAUGGAACACUUAGAAGGUGUAAUUGACAAACCAGAAUCUGAGAUGUCCCCACAGGAGUUGCAGCUCCAUUACUUCAAAAUGCAUGAUUAUGAUGGCAAUAAUUUACUUGAUGGAUUAGAACUUGCCACUGCUAUAUCACAUGUACAUAAAGAGGAAGGUGGUGAACACUCCCAGGCAAUGAAAGAAGAAGAGUUAAUUAGUCUAAUUGAUGAUGUCUUACGAGAUGAUGACAAAAAUAACGAUGGAUACAUUGAUUAUGCUGAGUUUGCAAAAUCACUGGAAUAAGUGUGGUGUUUUUUUUUUUAAUUUCUUCUAGUUAUAUGCAGAUGUGACCCAGUAUAAUGUGACUUAUUACAGUCUAUUAUAAACUAAUUGUACAAGCCACCCUCUGUGCAGUAUUCAUGGUAGGAAGAUAUGUUCUUAUUCCACUCUAAUUCUUUAGGUUGAAAUAUCUAUGUUAGUGAGGAAAGAACACUACAUAAAUCAAGUGAUGGAAUUACACUUGACUAAAAGUAACUUGCUAUCUCAAUCUUGAAAGUGCUAAUACAAAAAAUUAAUUACAUAUGCUUCAGCAUCAGUUGGCAAACUAUUUUACAUUCCUAGUAUAAGGAUAGUGAGAAAGUAGACUAUUUUCCUCUAUCAGUUAAGAGUCCUAAUUUAGAAAAUGCCAGGAAAGCAAGAAAAUGUGAACACGUGACUGUAGUGCUCCUUUACUAGAAAAAUUCUUCCUAGCUCCAUAUUAAACAUACAACUUACCAGAAAUAAAACUUGUGUAUAAGUACAAAAAUUCAAAACACAGAAACAGUAAGAUAAAACAAGAUUGUUGAAUGUGGUUUAUGAACUUUUAAAUGACAAUACCUUAUGGAGUUCAAGUCUUGCAAAAAUACAUAUUUUUAAUACCCAUUUAUAUUUUUCAACUUCCUCCCAUAGGUCAGGUUUUUCUAUAGGUAGUACUUUACUGGAUUUUUCUCUACCCUAAAUGGUCUUUUUAAGAAAACAUAAGUAUUUUUAUUACAUUUAUUGCUGUAGCAUUUAAUAGAAUAGUUUCUGAAAAUUCAUUUUGAAGUUCAUGUUAUCAAACUGGUUUAAUACAACACUUCUGUUUAGUUUUUUCUAUACCAUGGACUGCUCUUAUGUUAUAGUAUUAUUCAGCACAACAGUAUAAUCUAAGAUGGUAAUACUGCCUUGUUAAGGUUCAUAUUAAUGUAUCUUGACACACAUUAUGGUGUUAUUUUUAGAAAAAAUACAAAGUAUUUCAUUACUAACACUUUGAACAGCUUAAAGAUACUUGAAUUAUCUGCUUACGAAAAUGGUCGUAGGAGUAUUUUCAAUGUUUUGGUUCAACAAGACUCAAGUCAAGUAGAUUUAAGUACAGAAGUGAUGCGCUGCUGCUUUUUUUUGUUUGUUUUUUUGACACUGUCUUAAGUGUAGCUUAAAAAUCUUAGUGCAUCAAGCAGUCAGGUUCAUGACAAAGAAUCUAAAUGCAGGUUUUUCUGUAAAGACAUUUUCUGUAUAAAACUAUUCUUAUGAGGAAAAAUGCAUUUGUAAAGCUUCCUGUUUAAAUGUUUGUGCAAUGAAAACUGUGGGUCAGAUUCUUGUGAUAUUUCCUUAUUUUGACAGAUUUGUAUAAUGGGUUAUGGGGGAUAUACAAGCAAUAAAAUUUUGAAGCUGAUGCAAUA